AUGGGCAUUGAUCUUCGACACAACAAGGGCAAGUACCAGCGACGACCUCACCGAAGUGCUCCUGUCUCCCAGGAUGUCUACCUCGGUCUCCUCGUCAAGGCCUACCGAUUCUUGGCCCGACGAACCGAUGCCACCUUCAACAAGGUCAUCCUCAAGCGACUCUUUAUGUCCCGAAUCAACCGACCUCCACUUUCCCUCGCUCGACUUGUCCGAAAGAUGAAGGCUGAGAGCCGACAGAACAAGACCGCUGUCGUUGUUGGUACUGUCACCAACGACAUCCGACUUCUCGAAGUCCCCAAGCUCCGAAUCUGCGCUCUCCGAGUCACUGAAGCCGCUCGACAGCGAAUUGCUGCCGCCGGAGGUGAAAUCAUCACUUUCGAUCAGCUCGCUCUCCAGAACCCCAAGGGACAGAACACCGUCCUCCUUCAAGGACCCCGAAAGCAGCGAAAGGCUGAAGCUUACUUCGCCAACAACUGCGCUCCAGGCGUUCCCGGCUCUCACACCAAGCCAAUCGUCCGAUCCAAGGGACGAAAGUUCGAACGAGCUCGAGGUCGACGAGCUUCCCGAGGUUACAAGAAGUAA